CAGCCUUGGCGGCGUUGCGCAGCUCCUCGCGCCCGAGUCCCGGCCAAUCUGCGGCCUCGGCAGCAGGAAGCAGGAAGCGCCGGGCGGAGGCAGGAGCAGCCGGGCCUGAGCGUGGAUGGGGAGAUGCAGAUGAAGCAAAGGAGGUUAAGGCUGCAGCUAACUGCUUUCAGAUGAACUCCCUUGAUGUUUGAAUGAACUAUUUCUUUUUUUCGCGACAACCAGCUUUGUAGCUGUGCUGCCUUCCUUUCUCAUUGAACCUUGAGGAUGUGCACCUUUCUGUGGAGGGUGGCCUUGGGGGUGGUGGUGGUGAUGGGGAGCUUCUGAAGGCUUCUUGUUGCUCGACUGUGUUCAAUCCCCUCACAGGGAUUUUUCACUGGUGGCCAUGGAGCUUUCUGCCAGCGAACCCAGCAUUUAUGACAAGCUAUCGGAGACCAUUGACCUGGUGAGGCAGACUGGACACCAAUGUGGAAUGUCAGAAAAAGCCAUUGAGAAGUUUGUCAAGCAGCUCUUGGAAAAGAAUGAGCCUCAAAGGGGACCCCCCCGGUACCCUCUCUUGAUGGCUCUCUACAAGGGCCUGCUUACCCUGGGCUUAAUCUUGCUAACUGCGUACUUCGUGAUGCAGCCGUAUAGCCCUUCGCCACCUGAAACCACGCUCUCCAGAGCCCAUGCCUGGGGCUUCCUCGUUGGUCACAUCCGGCUGCUGUCUUUGCCUAUUGCCAAGAAGUACAUGCUGGAGAAGUGCCAUAACUGGUGGGGACUAGACUGCAGGCAGAAUGGUUCUGAGAUUCCUGCCAACUGCUCUUGCUGCGCUGCCAUUCAAAGCCUCCAGGUAGUGACUGACCUAGGACAAUUAUCAGAAAACCUCCAGAGGCCUCAGCCCCUCUUAAUCAAGACAGGGCAGCGUCUGUCUUAUGAUGAACUGAAGCAUUUUCAGUUCCAGUACCCGGAAUUGACAGAGAUCACAAUAGAAGAGAAUUCAGCUGAACUCUGGCGCUGCCUUCCAAGACAGAUGUUUCCAUUUGCCUUCCCCUGGUACAAAGCCCUGAAUAAAACUCAGAUUCUCCAGGAACUUUUCCCUGCCUUGUCUUUGCUGGCAUUCCCAAAGGCAAUCUCCCUGGAAAGCUGCUUUCUCAUUCGCAACCCAGAGUUAGGGAAUAAGACCCACAGACUGCACAGCAUGUUUGCUAUUGGAAGCGGCCAGCUAACCCUGAAUAUUGCACCUUACACUGAGUGCAGAGGACACUGCAGGACUCUGUCGGUGGAGCUGGAAGCUGGGGAUUUUGGCUAUGCCAGCGCGGAUUACUGGAAGAUGAGCUUUAACUCCAGAGGAGCAGAGCCCAUAGUCAUUUGCGAUGGAUCCGCUAGCUAAGAACUGUGGGAGAGCUGGAGUCCACUCCAAUGCGAGAAGAAUGCGCAAGGGGCACAAGGAGAUGGGCGUAUAAAAGCGACGAAGCUGGUGCAGCUGAAACAUCCGGGGAAGCAGCUUUGCCCACCCUGCCCACUGUGUGGGAGGCCUUGUGUUUCAAGCAACCGUUUCCCUGACCUCCGAGGUAAUACUUCCCCUCCUCAGACGUACCUAAGGAGAGAGGCAGUUGAACCGAUCACCCCCCUCAGGUAAGCCCUGGGGGUGCACACGUUUGUUUUCCUGAGUCCAGGCAACUGCAUUUCUGAGAACAAGCUUCUCCUUGUGUCCUUUGUGACUAUUGCACUGUUAGAAUUUCACAGGGAGCCCCAGAGCGGGCGAAAUCGUGACUGAAACCCUCCUUUACGUUCAUCCCGGAGAGGUAACGUUGGGCUGGCCUAUUGGGGCAGCUCUGUCAAGGGGACACAUGAUUGAAAUGUUCCAUGGUUCCUUCCCCCACGUCACAACCCAGUUCCAUGCCCCACGAGGAGGAGAAUGAGCCCCACAGCCCCCAUUCACAGACUCAGGCCGGGCUCCAUGCCACAGGAAAAGAAUGGGCCUUACAGCCCGGCCACCACAAACAGCAGCAUUCUUAUACCAAAUGAAUCUGUUUAACCCUUUCCCCCCCCCGCCCCCAUGUCUCGUCGUGAUUGCUCUUCUGCAUUAUGGCAGCCUCAGAGUGUUGCUGGUUCCUAUAAAUAGUUCCUAUGCUUUUUUCCUCCUCUAACAAAAAUACUGGUGUGAAUUUGGCUGUCCAGGUUCUGAGAGUGCAGAGAGCUUUGGUGAGAGCACUGCCUAAGCUUCCCCUUUCAGAUCGAUGAGUGAACUGCACUACCCCGCUCCCCCACGGCUCCACCUGGCUCUGACUUGGAAACCUCUGGUUACGACUUUCAAAAGUGACUAGUGAUCUUGAGCCCCCUGAUUCUCAGACAAUACUGAGCACCCACCCUGUGAAAAUCAGGCUCCCUUGAGGUGUCCCAAGUUGGCCACCCAAAAUCACUGAUCUCCUUUGAAAUCUUGGCACUUGUCUACACUGGCGAGGCAAACGGCAUCAGCACCUUACUCACAAAUCUUGCUUGCAUAUACUAUGCAGCUCUUGUUUGAAAUGUGCUGGCUUGCUUUCCUUGGCCAGUAUGGGAAGGACCUAAAUGAGAGCAGCUUUUAGGAUCUGGUUUACCUGGAAGUUCCUUCUUCCCUGAGUUAUUUGUGUGUUAACUCCUUCCAGACCCCAAAGCUCCAUCUCUCUCUAGAAUGAAUGUUGAUUUUUUUUUUCCUGAUUCCCUUCUGAGAUUCCUCUGCAUGUUUCCUGUUGCUUGUGUGCUCCCUUGUCCGGUGCCUUUAGAGAGGAUCAGUUUCAUCAUGUGCCGGCUGCAGUUACAGCCGUUCCUCCCAAGUCUGAUCCUAAGGGUCUUUGUUCCUGCUGUGGAAGAUGGCUUACAGAUAUGUCAGACUGAAGUCAUAGCCCUAGGCUGCGGUUCAGGACAGUUCGUAUGGUAUUGUGAGAGCCUCUUUUGUUUUGAAGCAAGUUAAUCAUGUUAUGAGACACAAGAAUCUUUUAGUUUGUAAACAUCUUCAGGUCAAUUAAAAUAACGAAGUGGAAAGA